AUGACCGAUGCAGAAACAACAUCACUGGCCCUGGAUAACCAUAAUGAUCGUCAUUCAGCAAGCAAUUCUUCAGACAGACCAAAUGUUAUACUUCGUUUCAUCAAUGCUAUAUUUCGUUACAGAAAGACAUCGCUAUCCUUUUUCGUCCUACUUACCUUAAUCUUGGGCGUGGGUAUUUCCUUUAUUGAGAACAGCUUGGAGUAUUCAAUAGAUUUGCCAAAGGGGAAGUUGGAGCAGAAUAUACUUGACCAGGCUUGGGUUAACUUGCAGGUCAUAUCAGAGAACCAACAUCCGUAUGCAUCAAGCGACAAUGAUGUUGUUCAUCGUUAUUUAAAAACAACAAUUUCAAAGUUGAUUCAUGGUCAUAAAAAUAUCGAGUUCGACAAUGACUUGAAUGGUUCAAACAAAUUCUUAUACGAUGCCGGAUUCAAGUCUGUGUCCUAUUACGAGUCAAACAACUUGUUGGUGAAAGUUGAGGGAACAGACCCUUCGUUGCCAGCAUUUCUUUUGAGUGCUCAUUUUGAUUCUGUCCCUACUAGCUUUGGGGUCACUGACGAUGGUAUGGGGGUUGCAAGUUUGCUAGGCGUCUUGCAAUUCCUUUUGAGCCGUAAACAGCCCAAGCGAACAGUUAUUUUCAAUUUCAACAAUAACGAAGAGUUUGGCCUCUAUGGUGCUACUGCUUUUGUGAAGCAUCCGUGGUUUAAAAAGGUAAAGUAUUUUUUAAAUUUAGAAGGGACCGGUGCUGGAGGCAAAGCUAUCUUAUUCAGAGGCACUGACUACGGAAUAGUGAAACACUUUAGCACUGUGCGUUAUCCUUAUGCAUCUUCAAUCUUUCAGCAAGGGUUCUCAAACUCUUUGAUUCACAGUGAGACCGAUUACAAGGUAUACCGGGAAGCUGGACUUCGAGGUCUUGAUUUGGCUUUCUUCAAACCAAGAGAUAUAUAUCAUACAGCAGGAGAUAACAUUAAAAAUGUUGACUUGAAGUCUUUGUGGCAUAUGCUUUCUAAUGCAAUUGACUUUACCACUUUUAUUGCUGAGAACGAAAUUGACGAUACGGGAUAUGAUGAAGCUGCAGUUUACACGUCUAUAUUGAACAACUUUUAUUCCCUUUCGUCUUCUAAAUUGGCUGCUAUAAACAUUGUUUUGAUUGUCUUGUUUGCCAUAAUCAACGGUGGUCUCACCUUUGCCACAUUAAAGUACAAGAAGUGGCACAUUCCAACUUCGCAUGCUUUGUUUCUUCCCAUUUCGGUGUUGAUAGUUUGGGCAAUUGUUUCUUUGGUUACAGCACAAAUAUUUCAAGCACUGAACCCCUUUUUACCUACGUCAAGGCCAUUUUUGUUGGUAACUACGAUUGCUUCAAUAGCAACAUUUGUUAUUUACCUUGUGUCUAGGUUGGUCAACCAAAGCUUGGAUUUGAAAUUGGUGUGUAUCUUGGAGGUAUCUUUUAUUUACUGGAUACUUUUAGUGUACAGUACUAGAAAUGUGCUUGUCAACAAAAGCGACCAGAGACAUAGCGGCGAAUUUGCCGUAACUGUCUUGUUUUUAUUGGAGGCCGUUGCCUUGCUAUUUGGUCUACUUGGACGGUCUUUCAGCAGAGCUCAAUCAAAAACAAGACCCGAUGAGGAACCCCUUUUGGAUAGAGCUGAACGUGAGCGCUAUAUACUGGACGACGGAGAAGAAGAUGAUGAUGAUGACGAUGAACUAGACCAACAAGAUGGAGUGGGGAACGGUGCGAACACUGGGGAGAAUGAGCGCAGCUACGACUGGUCCUUACAGUACUUGUUGACCGUGCCGGUCUCAUUCUACGUUAUUUACAAUUCUGGUUGGCUAAUUCUUCAGGGGGUUAAUAAAACAAUCCAGGAAUCAGUAGCAUCGGAAAAGUUUGUCUAUAUGGUGAUUCAGAUCUUUUCCAUUCUGUUGGUUUUACCAUUGGUUCCAUUUGUUCGGUUCUUGAACAGAUUUUUGAUUCUGGGGCUUUUUGCUGUGGCUUUGGUUGGUUCUCUUUUGGUUUUAAACACAGAACCUUUUAAUGAACAAAACCCAUUGAAAGUACGCUUUUUGCAAACCCUUAAUGAGACUGAGAGCACGGUUCACAUAUUUGGUCGUGGUGAUAACAUCCCCCACUUUUUGUCCAGGAUCCCCUCUGUUGAGGAGUCAAGGACCUCUAUCAAUUGUCAGAUAGAGGUUGAUGGAGUCGAGGUUUGCUCAUACAAGACUCAAUUAUUCCCCAACGUUGUGCCAUCCAACACCUCAGAGGACUAUCUUAAAGUAGUAGUUAAAAAUUCUAGCCAAGCUGGCUCAUUUGGAAUAAAUUUCAAUGAGGUGGUUAUCAAAGCUCAUAAAAACAGAAUGUGCAAUAUCGAGUUCCCACGAGACGAGGUGAAGGCAGUGUUGGUCAAAAACAGUACGCACAAAUUUCCUCCGUUCAAACAGCUUCCCGAUGGCUUUUCGCAUAACGGUGAUUACAUAUACAAGGAUGUGGAGGGGAUCAAAAAGUUGCUUUUAAACAAAUUGGAUUGGAACAAUCAGUAUGACAUUGGAAUUUAUUGGUUGCCAGGCAUUAAUGACAGAUCGAACGUCUUGGAUAUAUAUGUCGAAUGCUUUUGGGCAGACUUACUGCCUGUAUCUGACGAGAGUGGUACCAAAGAGGCUAUUCCUGCGUACAAUGAAUUGGUGCAGUACAGCCCGAAGUAUGUGAGCAUUGCAAACAAGGAAAGAGGAUUGGUCUCGGUGCGUAAACAAGUAGAGCUUAAAUAA